AUGAGUGAAAGGGAAUAUGUUGAGGAGCUAGUUGAAGUGUUAGGCCAACUCAGCACUAACAGAGAGGAGGCAAUGGAGCAAUAUGAGAGACGAGCACUUACAUUUAUGAAAAACAUAAGCCCUGAAACCCUUGAUUCUCUUAGCUUUGAUAAUGAGUUUGAGAGGAUUGCAACGUAUCCUAUAAUCCUUGGAGGCCUUUUCAUGAAGAAAGAAUUCAAGAGGAUUGACAAGGUAGUCAAUGAAGGCUUACUACCUUAUCUCAUUGGGAAGAAAAGAACUUAUGAUUACUUUAUCGGACUCAUUGUAAAGUUUUUUUAUCUUGCAAGGAAAAACGAGUGCCAGGACAAUUCCACCCUCUUCAGCCUUCUUGUUACAAAUAAGGAGCUCGGUAAUGAAUAUACCAUUUCUGUGAUAACCAAUUGUCUUUUAGACAUGCUUAUCAGCAACAAAAUAUUUCAAAGAAUUGAAAAUACUAUUGCAACAACUUCUGAGCAAGCGAGGUAUAACUAUUACAAUGGAAUAAUAUCUAUGGUUGAGGGAGAUUAUGAAUCUGCCUUGAAAAAUUUUCAUACAAGUAUUAUCCUUUCAAGCAAUCGCGAUCUGGUUCUGGGUGCAGAGAAGCGUGUUAUUCUAUGUAUGUUACUUAGUAGUGACUACAAUAUUCCCUAUCCCUAUAAGCCGAGCCUAAGAACAUAUUUUGAGCUUGCUUCUGUUGUAAAAAAAGCUGAGAUAAAGAAAUUUGAGGAGACUCUAGAGAACAGCAAGGAUGAGCUGAUGGCUCAAGGGCUAUACUUUGUAGCAAGGAGAUUAUCCCAAAACGUUAUUCAGGAGGGAAUAAGGAGGAUAAGCAUUGUAUACUCUAGAAUAUCUUUUGUAGACAUAGCAUAUCUUCUAGACAUUAAUCCUGAAGAGGCUGAGUACUUAGUCAAAAGAACAAUCAGAAAGGGAUUGAUAAAAGGGAAGGCUAUUGACGGUAUUUUCCAUUCUUUGAAAGAGGAUAAACCUGUGGCUGACAUAGGCAUGAGCAUUAGGGAUUGUAUACAACUAACAAAAUACAUUCAGGAACAUAUGAGAUAUCCUGCCAUUGAGCCUUUAUGCUAUGAGAAGGUCAGAAAGGUCUAUGACAAAUAA